UGACGGUUUCGGUAUUGGAAGCACAAUGCCUGGCGUCCAGCUCCCGUUCGGCACGGUGCGCGCAUCUCCAGACACGAGCGCUCCCUUCUUUCUCAGCUGGCGUCAUUUCGGUGGAUAUUAUUACGGAGACGACCGCAUACGUUGCUUCUCACACACCCACAUGGUCGGCUCAGGUACUCUAGACUAUGGAAACAUAUGCGUAAUGCCCGUCAACAACAUCACACUCGACAUCAUCCACGACUACGGAUUUCAGUCGAAGUUCAGUCACAGUAGUGAAACUAUAUACCCCGGAUACUAUUCUGUCUUUCUUGAGACGCCACAUGUCAACGCCCAAUUGACAGUAACCGGAACACACACGGCGUUACACCGUUACACCUACACAUCGGGUGAUAAAAUCGUCUUGUUCGAUGCUGUUCACUCGCUAGUCGAAGGGUCGUGCGUCGACGCUCACCUCAAAAUAUUUCCUGAAAACGAGACUGUAGUUGGGUGGAGUCAGAGCAAAGGCAGCCUGACAGGAAGAAACGGGAUAGGAAUUAAAGUCUAUUUUACUGCCGUAUUUUCUGAUUCAAUUGCUGCGUUUGGUGUGUGGAAUCAGUCUCAAAUGUUUAGUAAUGCAACCGAGGUAUCUGGGAAUACCAGUAGGGCUUAUGUUGUCCUCAAAACGACCAACUCGUCGAUCGAAAUGGCUCUGGCUAUCAGCUUUGUAAGCAUCGAGCAAGCCAAAUACAAUCUGAAAUCACAGUGGUCGUCGACCAGAUUUUUUGAUGAUUAUGUGAAGGCAGCAAGAAGAAUAUGGGCAGAGACACUGAGUCAAGUGAAUGUCACUACUGAAUCGAAUGAAUCUUUAGUCACAUUUUAUACCGCUCUGUAUCAUGCCUUCAUGGCUCCGACACAGUUUAGUGACAGCAAUGGAGUUUAUCUCGAUAUGGAAAACAAGGUGAAGCGUUUGCCACCGGGCAUGCAUCACUAUACUGAUAUGUCAAUUUGGGAUAUACAUCGGUCUCAAAUCCCACUCCUCAAUAUGCUCCGACCGGAUAUAUCGAGUCAGGUGGCUCAAUCGUUGGUGCGCAUGUAUCGAGACGGUGGAGACCUACCUCGAUGGCCGAUUGCGAAUGUCUACAGUGGAUGUAUGAUAGGAACGCAUGCCAAUCUCAUACUGUUGGACUUGUUGAGUAAAGUGGGAUCUGACACAUUUGACAUCGACGAUGCAUAUGAGGGAAUGGUAGCUCAAGCUACAGAAUCAAAACGGCCGCACAUAGAACGAAGCUGUUUGGACGAAUAUGUGACACUCGGCUACGUCCCUAAUGAAUGCAGUUCGGAGUCGGUUAGUUUAACCCUCGCGUACGCAUUUGAUGAUUGGGCAAUCGCGACAGUGGCAUCACAUCUCAACAGAACCAACGAUGCAGCUUUGUUUUUCAAUCGAUCAAGAAGCUACCGUAACGUCUGGAAUCAUGACAAAAAACUGAUGUGCCCUCGAGAUCGACAUGGCAAAUUUCACUGUCCGCUCGACCCAUCGCUUAACUCAUGGAUGAUAAAGAAUGACGGUUACACAGAAGGCAACGCCGAGCAGUGGCUCUGGUUUGUACCACAUGAUAUCCCAGGGCUCAUCAACCUUUUUGGAUCUAACGAAAGCUUCUCUGAAACUUUAGAAAAAUUCUUCAGUAGGUCGGAAGAUUACACUUCCAACCUUCUUCCGAAUCCAUUCUACUGGGCAGGAAAUGAACCAGACAUAUUGGCUCCGUAUCUGUUUAACUACGCGGGCAGAGCUGAUCUGACUCAGAAGUACACACGCUGGCUUGCAGAUCAUCGGUACACUACAGCACCCAGUGGUUUACCAGGAAAUGAUGAUUAUGGUACCCUCAGUUCGUGGUACAUCUGGACUACAUUGGGGUUCUAUCCGUACUCUGGGACCCAAUACUAUGCCAUUGGUAGUCCAUCCGUUCAGAGUGCGGUGAUUACGCUACCCAAUGGCAUUCUCACCAUCGAAACUCAUAAUAACAGCAAAGAAAACGUCUACGUGAUGAAAGUGGUUGUUAACAACAGGACUGUCGAUCUGCAGCGCAACCCAUUUUUUCAUCACAAACGGGACAUAGAGAACGGUGGACACAUCCAAUUUUGGAUGUCGAACAAUCCAACAUAGAA